AUGACCGGUAAACACAUGCGGGAACAGCAGCCGCUAUGGAAGAAGCUUAAACUGCUUCUCUUAUUCAACCCAUUAACAGAAUGGCUGGAUACCACUCACCUGAUGCGAUUAUACUUGCAUCAUGCUGCUGUUGAAGAAGUGUUGACCCCAGCAGGCAAACAAGAAGCCACCCCUGCAUCUCGGAAACGCAUCAAGGCCUUUGUUGACUUCUACCGGAUCAAUAUGAACGACUUCACCCCUUCCGACAUAACAGCCUAUGCAACAUUCGAAGAUUUUUUCGUACGUGCCCACAAGCCUGGCUCGCGCCCCAUCUACCGUAAAGACGACCCCACGGCCGCAGUGAUAGUUGCCGACUCGCGCGUUGUUGCCUACGAAGCCGUAGCCGAGAGCAAGAAGAUCUGGAUCAAGGGGAAUGAUUUCUCCAUCACGAAUCUGGUAAUGGAUAAGCAAUUGGGGCCGAAGUUCGCGGAUGGCCCGGUGGCGAGUUUUCGAUUGUCGCCGCAGGAUUAUCAUCGGUAUCAUAGUCCGGUUUCGGGGACUAUCAAGCAGUUUCGAAGCAUGCCGGGGGACUAUUAUGAGGUGGAUCCAAUAGCGUUGCAGAGUCAGGUGGACAUCUUGACGAGGAAUGCGAGGGAUUAUGUGGUUAUUGAAACAAAAGAGUUUGGGGAAGUGCUGUUUGUGGCUAUUGGGGCUUCGCAGGUGGGGACAGUCAGGAUUCACCCGCAGUAUCAGCAACCGGGGACUCAGAUACACAAGGGUGAUGAGCUCGGGAUCUUCCAGUUUGGAGGGUCGUCCAUUAUUGUGGCAUUCCAGAAGGGUCGUAUACAGUUUGAUGAUGACAUUUUGAAAGCGAGUAAGAACGCCAUUGCUGUUGAUGUUGAAGUGGGGAUGAGUCUGGGUCGGGCUGUCGGUGAGAAGCUAGUAAAUGCCAUAAUGCCAUGCUGGAAGCAGGACAAUGAUGAUAUAUAUCAAAUGAUGAGUACUACUAAUGUUCGUCAACAACCCAUCAUGAAGGAAGCGGGUGCCACCGACAAACUAGGCGUGAGAUACCUGACUCUGAUAGGCAUGACGACAGAAAGAAAGGAAAACAGCUCAUGCCUUCGAGGGCAGAAUAAAAAGCCUUCUUGGGGGAACACAAGACUAUCCGACCUGCUAUGGUCGGUGACACUACUUCCAGGCCUGAUCUCCGCUUAUCAGCCCGUAUACCUCGGAUCCCGACCAGCGUCGCCCUUCCUCCCUCCUCAGAUCCCGCUGGGUGACUCGCCCCCCCUCUCAGACACCCACGAAUUCACGCUUCGCCAUAUCUUUCACCGAGGAACUUAUCAAGAUCCCGAUCUCCACCGCAGACUAGAUAUCACGCCAGACACUCGUCUUCGGGCCGUCUCAGAUGAAGGAGUCGAAUCCGAUGUCGUCACAUCGAACACUCCGCUGGUUGCUUCGUCACAACCACUCACAAUCGAAAGACUUGCAGACCGACGCCUGUCGGUCAUUGAAGAACACCUAGUGACUGCACGAUCUUCUGGCUCGGCAGCUGCGCUGUCGCCGUCCGAUUGGGUCAUGGAUACGCUGCCGGGUCCGAAUGUCACGGAGAAGAAGACCGUCGUUGCUUUGGCAAUGAUGACUGCGAAUGACUACAUCGAGGUACCUGGGACCGGGGAUUGGCAGGAUAUUCAUGGUCGGUUCAACCACUCUGGAAGUUUUGGGUGGCAAGGAGACGGGCUCCGAGGUCACGUAUAUGCCGAUAAGACCAAUAGCACGGUGGUCAUCUCCCUCAAGGGAACUUCACCGGCCUUGUUCGAUGGCGAGGGCACUACUACAAAUGAUAAAAUCAACGACAAUCUAUUCUUCAGCUGCUGCUGUGGCCAGGGGGGCUCUUACCUCUGGCGGCAAGUCUGCGAUUGCCAGACAACCCUGUACAAUGGGAACCUGACGUGCAUUGUUGAGGCGAUGCUAGAUGAGAACCGAUAUUAUCGCGCCUCAAUCGACCUUUACUCUAAUAUCACCGAGAUGUACCCAAAUGCCAACGUUUGGCUGACCGGCCAUUCUUUGGGUGGUGCGGUGUCCAGCUUGCUAGGCUUGACAUUUGGGGUACCAGUUGUUACCUUCGAAGCUGUUCCGGAAGCACUCCCAGCAGCUCGUUUGGGUCUUCCCAGUCCGCCAGGACAUGACUCACGUUACCCUCAGUCACGUAAGAACACUGGAUCAUAUCAUUUCGGACAUACGGCAGAUCCGGUCUACAUGGGAACUUGCAAUGGAGUAAGCUCAGUUUGUACCUGGGGUGGCUAUGCCAUGGAAUCCGCAUGCCAUACUGGUCAGAUGUGUGUCUAUGACACUGUUGAAGACAAGGGCUGGCGUGUUGGACUCAGCAAACAUCGCAUUAACUAUGUCAUUGCGAAUGUUCUUGCUGGCUACGACGAUGUGCCUUCCUGUGCGCCUGAAGAGGAGUGCUACGAUUGUGAACUCUGGAAGUUUUUCCGCAGUAACGGCUCUGAAAUCACUACUACCACCUCGGCCACCUCUACCUCCACGUCUACUACGACUAGCAGAACAUCUACCUGCAAGACCCCAGGAUGGUGGGGCUGCUUGGAUCCAACCACGACUGGCGAGACAACGUCGACCUCCACCUCCACCUCCACCUGCAAGACUCCUGGGUGGUUCGGCUGCAAAGAUCCAACAACCACCUCGGAUAUUACAUCUGCACCAACAAUCACCACAACUGAACCUCCCAUGACCUCGACCACGACCUGCAAGACCCCCGGCUGGUUCGGCUGCAAGGAUGAAACAACAACUCCAGUUAUUAUUGCACCUGCAGCAACCCUCACCAUAACUGAGCCUCCCAUGACCUCGACUACUGCCGGCAAGCACUUGGGCAGGUUGUGA